AUCAGAUUUCGGGGACAGAGAGAGGACUAACGGCACACUGAAGACAUCCGAGUGAAGGGAACUUUAUCGACAGUGAGGGAUGAGGACGCUGCUGCUGCUGUGUGUGUUUGUGGCCGUCGCCUGGGCUCAGGACAAUCUGGAAUAUGACGACUAUGACUCAGCCACUAAGAGCCCGCCGGCUCAGGGUGCGACAGCCAAACCAGUAGAUGCUCGUGGUCACCGACCGACCACUUCGGGUUGGGACCGCUACAACCCUAACCGCUAUUCCCCGCCCCCUAUCAGUGGCGGCAACAGGUACCGCGGCCGUCCCACCACUGUAACGGGAGGACAUCAGGUGCAGGAGAAGGAGGUGCAGCCGGAGGCGGGAGGAUGCACACACGCCUCGGAGGAGAUGGUAGGACGACUCCAGCACGCCGUCGCCAACGGACCGAACCGUUGAUUUGACAUUUUUUCA